GGCGGGCGCUGAGCCGCGCGAGUGGCGGCCGGGGCUGCCCCGUCCCUGCCCGCCGCUCCCUUCAUGAGGCGCAAGUUCGGGCCGGGAAGAGCAGCGGCGGGGCGGCGAGAGCCCGGCCGGGCGGGCGGCACCGACUGAGCAUGGCCGAGAGGCGCGAGCCGGCGGCGAGCGGCGGCGGGGAAGUUGGCGGCCGGUGCCCGGGGCUGCCGCUGCUGCUGGUGCUGCUGUGGGCGGCGGCGCUGCCGGCCCGGGGGCAGCCGCCCGCGCCGCAGUACAACGGCGAGCGGGGCAUCUCCAUCCCGGACCACGGGUACUGCCAGCCCAUCUCCAUCCCGCUCUGCACUGACAUCGCCUACAACCAGACCAUCAUGCCCAACCUGCUGGGCCACACCAACCAGGAGGACGCGGGGCUGGAGGUGCACCAGUUCUACCCUCUGGUGAAGGUGCAGUGCUCGGCCGAGCUCAAGUUCUUCCUCUGCUCCAUGUACGCGCCGGUGUGCACCGUGCUGGAGCAGGCCCUGCCGCCCUGCCGCUCCCUCUGCGAGCGGGCUCGCCAGGGCUGCGAGGCCCUCAUGAACAAGUUCGGCUUCCAGUGGCCCGACACGCUGCGCUGCGAGAAGUUCCCGGUUCACGGCGCGGGCGAGCUGUGCGUGGGGCAGAACGCCUCGGAGCGCGGCACCCCCACGCCCGCGCUGCGCCCCGAGAGCUGGACCAGCAACCCGCACCGGGGCGCCGGGCACGGCGAUGCCCGCGGGCGCUUCUCCUGCCCGCGGGCGCUGAAGGUGCCCUCCUACCUGAACUACCGCUUCUUGGGCGAGAAGGACUGCGGGGCGCCCUGCGAGCCCGGCCGCCUCUACGGGCUCAUGUACUUCGGGCCCGAGGAGCUGCGCUUCUCCCGCACCUGGAUCGGCAUCUGGUCUGUGCUCUGCUGCGCCUCCACGCUCUUCACCGUCCUCACCUACCUGGUCGACAUGAAGCGAUUCAGCUACCCCGAGCGGCCCAUUAUCUUCCUCUCGGGCUGCUACACGGCGGUGGCCGUGGCCUACAUCGCCGGCUUCCUCCUGGAGGAGAGGGUGGUCUGCAACGAGCGCUUCACCGAGGACGGGUCCCGCACCGUGGCGCAGGGCACCAAGCGGGAGGGUUGCACCAUCCUCUUCAUGAUGCUCUACUUCUUCGGCAUGGCCAGCUCCAUCUGGUGGGUCAUCCUGUCCCUCACCUGGUUCCUGGCCGCCGGCAUGAAGUGGGGCCACGAGGCCAUUGAGGCCAACUCCCAGUACUUCCACCUGGCCGCCUGGGCCGUGCCAGCUAUCAAGACCAUCACCAUCCUGGCGCUGGGGCAGGUGGAUGGGGACGUCCUCAGCGGCGUCUGCUUUGUGGGCAUCAACAACGUGGAUGCCCUUCGGGGCUUCGUGCUGGCCCCCUUGUUCGUCUACCUGUUCAUCGGCACCUCCUUCCUGCUGGCUGGCUUCGUGUCCCUCUUCAGGAUCCGGACCAUCAUGAAGCACGAUGGCACCAAGACGGAGAAGCUGGAAAAGCUCAUGGUGAGGAUAGGCAUCUUCAGCGUCCUCUACACGGUGCCGGCCACCAUCGUCAUUGCCUGCUAUUUUUAUGAGCAAGCUUUUAGGGAACAGUGGGAGAGGAGCUGGGUCACACAGAGCUGUAAGAGCUAUGCCAUCCCGUGCCCCAACAACCACAGCAGCCAUCACCCACCCAUGAGCCCCGACUUCACCGUCUUCAUGAUCAAGUAUCUCAUGACCUUGAUUGUGGGCAUCACCUCGGGCUUCUGGAUCUGGUCUGGGAAAACCCUGAACUCCUGGAGGAAGUUUUAUACCAGGCUGACCAACAGCAAGCAGGGAGAGACCACCGUCUGAGAGCCCUGCCCGCUAGAACCAGGGGACAGUGGGCAGCCGGAGGACCGGGGCUCAGCCUUGGGAAGCAGCUCCUUUUCCAGCCUGGGCAAACUUUGGGGCCUGCGAGUGUUUUCCGCGGGCGGCAGGAGAGGAGGGCGAGGCAGGUGGGCAGCCCUCCCUGCUUCUCCCGGGCCGGCUCUGUCAGGUUGGGGGAGAGGGAUGUAAAUAGCCUCUGUAAGAUUUUGUAAGUAUAUUUGUAUUUAAAUUACAAAAAAAAAAUUCUCAACUUUUUUAAUUAUUUAGGACACUUUUAACCCAUUUGCGGAUUUCGGUUCCUCACCUGCACCCUCUUUUUUUCCUUAAUUUGAAAAAAAAAGGGGGUGGGGGGUGUUGGAUUUUUAUUUCAUAGGGCAGGAUGGCAAAAACUGCCGGUAAAAGAAAAAAACAAAGCCCUUUUUUCUCCCCUCCCCACCUCCGCCCUCCGAGGAUUUGUAAUGGCUUUUGUUGGGAGUUCCAUCUGCAAGAGCAGCAGAGCCCGGAGCGGUCCCGGUCCCGGGCUGCCAGGGGUAGGUGGCCGUGGAGGUGGGGUUGGGGAGGAGCGCCGGGGCAGGACGGACAGACAGCCGCCCCUCCGCUUCCCCUCGCCUGGCGGGACCCGCCAGACCCUUUUUUUUUGGAGGGGGGGGUAGAAACAACGAGCAGCCCCGCCCGGCGGGGUGCCCUCUCCCGGUUCUUUAAAACUUAUUUAAAUGCACCAGAUAGUUACAGAAGAGUUGGCGUGUUUGGUGGUAGGAGCUGAGGUUUAAUGUCGUUUGCACCUGUAGCACGUCCGCAGGCUUGGGAGGUGGAUGGGGACACGGAUGGCACCGCGCUGCCCUCUCGCUGCGAGCCGCUCCCCGGCGGCUCCUUCCCGCGGGUUAGCAGCGACGGGCUCAGUAAAAACAGCUUCAUCCGAAGAAAACGCAGCACUCUGAUUCUUUCCCCCCCCCCCCC